CUCACCCAAAACAGUUCACACUUGACAAACUUUCACAGCCAUUUCACAAAUCCAGAGAGAGGGAGAGAGAAUGGCGAAACGCUUCAAGCUACGGAUCUCCCGAGUGAUCACGUCCCUCCAAACGUGCCGCUCCAAAGACCCUUCCACCCUCCCAUCAGAUCCCGUCCCUUCAUUCCUCCGCCUCUCUUCCCCCACGCACCUCAUCCCCACCGAACCCCACCACCAUCGCUCCUCCUUCAAGCGCCACGUGAUCACAUCCGCCUUCACAUCCACCGCCUGCGCCCUCCGCUCCAAUAGAAACUCCCCUGCACGUCCCCACACCCAACCACCCCCCGAAUUCAAGUGGCGUAAAGAAGACAAGUGGCACGUGGUCGCCAAGGCCCAUAACGACGACGACAACACGCCCCGUCAGAAAAUCUACAACUCCUCGGCCUCCGGUCACUCUGCCGACGAUAUCUUCCCUCCGGCGGCCCGAAAGAAACUCCGGAAUAAACACAAGAAGAAAACGGCAGGAGGAGUAAGGCUCCGGCUCAGCACUACUUCCUCGGCUUCGCUGUUCAGCAGCAGCGAAGCGGAGGAGGAGUCGGAGACCCUGGUCUCCACUUCCAGAAGCUUCUCGACGUCGACGGACUCCUCGGCGUCCACAAGGCGGCGACCGAUCAAGAGCAAGAAGAAGAAGAAUGACAAGAGGGGAGGAGAGAAAAGCCGAGGGCGGGGAAGCGGCGGAGGGGGAGGGGGAAGCGGAGGGGAGUCGCCGGCGAGGCUGUCGUCGGUGUUCAAGAGGAUGAUACCGUGCGGGGUGCUGGAGGGGAAGGUGAAGGAGAGCUACGCGGUGGUGAAGAGGUCGGAGGAUCCGAAGGAGGACUUCAAGAGGUCGAUGAUGGAGAUGGUGGUGGAGAAGCAGAUGUUCGAGGAGGGAGAGCUGGAACAGCUCUUGCGGUGUUUCUUGUCUUUGAACUCGAGGAGCCACCAGGGGGUUAUCGUUGAGGCUUUUACUGAGAUUUGGGAGGCCUUGUUUUCUUCUACUACCACUUCUACUUCUACUCGACGAGUUUAGGAAUUUAGGAAUCGUCGAUCUUUCUAUUUCUAGUUACAACUUUUAUGUAUAUAGUUUCAUAUUCCAUUCAAGAUUAGUACUACGUACGUUGUUGAUGCUGAUA